UGUUUUUGCAUUCAAUCACCUCCAAUGUUAAUAAUGAACACUAUUCGUGAUAAAAACGAACGCGAAGACGUCUCUUAACAAGAAGCGGUGCUUUUGCAAUGUCUGAUGACACACGUCUGCCAACACAUAGAUUACUCAUUUUAUCAGUUUAGCGAAGCCUUUUAUCGCGAAGUGUCGUUCCUACAUUGCUUUUAACAAAAAUUAACAUUAAAAGGAUACGUUUUUAUGAACUAUGCCACAGUUUUACAAUGGCUGUUGAUAGAUUAAUAUGGAAAAUUAUUGUGGAUUUCGUUGUGCUCGCGUGCGUUUCAUUUCCCCUACUCGCUCUGCUGCUGUGGGCGGAGCCCUAUCACCGCGGCUACUUUGAAGAUGACCUCUCUCUGCGACUGCCCUUUAAACAGCAGUCCAUAUCGGAAGGGCUCUUGGCUGGCGUCGGCUUCGCUUUCAUUAUUUUCACGGUUCUAAUCACUGAGAUAGUGCGUGACAGGCAAGGUAAGGGCAUCGGCGGCAAGUUUCUGUCGGGGUCGCUGAUACCGGGCUGGCUGUGGGAGACGUACUCGACCGUGGGAAUCUUCACGUUUGGGGCCGCCUGUCAACAGCUCACAGCCAACCUCGCGAAGUACGUGAUCGGGAGACUGCGCCCACAUUUCUUCGAUGUCUGCAGGCCGAUCCCGGACGCCGGAUCCUCGCAGAACGCCCUCGGCUACAUCCAGGAGUACCGAUGUAGCGGUGGCGAUGAGGCUCUCUUGAAGGACAUGCGCCUCUCGUUUCCGAGUGCACACGCGAGCUUCUCUAUGUACUGUGCCAUAUUCUUCAUCUUCUACGUCCAAGUGAAAGGCAAGUGGCGGGGCUCGAAGCUCCUCCGUCACGGAGUCCAGUAUGCCGUUGUGAUAGCGGCCUGGUACGUGGGCCUCUCCAGGGUUGUGGAACAUAUGCACCACUGGAGCGACGUGGCGGCUGGUUUCGCCAUAGGCGCCACAUACGCUAUGCUUAUUUUCAUCUUCGUUCUGAAGCCGAAGAAGUACGGCGCACCAGAGACGUGGCAGCAGCCGGUGCCCAGGAAUACGCUUCCCAGGCCGGUACUGGCGCGGUGACCGACCCCUUCCA